GCGGCGGGCGAGGAGGGGGCCGCGCUGCUGCUGCCGCCGCCGCCGCCGCGGAGCCCCGAGGGGGCGGGCGGGUGUGUGCGCGCGUGUGUGCGCGCGUGUGUCCGCACGGGGAUGCGGCGGGCGGCGUGAGGCGAGGAGGGAACGGGCGAUGCUCCGCCGCCGCGGCGGCUCCGCGCACGGGGGGACCUAGGAGCGGCGGUGGCGCGCAGCGAGGGACGGCUCGACGGCCGGCCGAGACCCCCCCCCCAGCCCCGGCGCGAUGGCCACCGAGGUGCUGUGCGGGCUCACCUUCAGGCUGCUCCUGCCCGUGUGCCUGGCUGCCGCCUGUGCUUUCCGUUACAAUGGGCUCUCCUUUGUCUACCUCAUCUACCUCCUGCUCAUUCCUCUGUUUUCAGAACCCACAAAAACAACGAUGAAAGGGCAUACAGGACGAUUAUUAAAAUCUCUGUGUUUCAUCAGUCUAUCAUUUCUGCUGCUGCACAUCAUCUUUCAGAUUACAAUAAACAGUCUUGAAGCUGGAAAAACUAUUGAACCUGGUUUUAACUGUUCAACAUGGGAGAAAACAUUACGGCAGAUUGGUUUUGAAAGUGUGAAAGGAGCAGAUGCUGGCAACGUGAUCAGACUAUUUGUACCAGACAUUGGGAUGUUCAUUGCUAGCCUGACAAUAUGGCUCCUCUGCCGCAACAUGGUUCGGAAGCCAGUAACCGAGGACGCAGCCCAGUGCAACAUGCAAUUUGAAAAUGAGGAAAUGGCUGUAAGAGAAAAGUUGGAGCCAGAUGAUGCUUUGAUGUAUGAAGAAGAUUUGGAUGAUGAAGAUGGUGCUGAAGCAGAAUCUGAAGAAACGAUGAAGUUAAAACUGCUGCGUAGAAUCGCCUUCCUAGCAUCCAAACUGAGGGAGUUUAUUGGCAACAUGAUAACCACCACUGGAAAAGUUGUUGUUACUAUUUUACUUGGUUCAGCAGGUAUGAUGGUGCCAUCUUUGACCUCAGCUGUGUAUUUCUUAGUAUUUUUGGGCCUGUGCACAUGGUGGUCCUGUUGCCAAGUAUUUGAUCCGCUGAUAUUCAGCUGUCUCUGUGUAUUAAUGGCUAUAUUCAGUGCGGGGCACAUAAUUGGACUUUAUCUGUACCAGCUACAGUUCUUCCAGGAGGUUGUUCCACCAAAAGAUUUCUACGCCAGGUUGUUUGGUGUCACUUCUCUUACUCAGACAAACUGCUCAAGCACUUGGAUGAUCAUCAAGAAUCAAGAGUUGCAUUGGUAUCACCACGCUAAUCCAAUCUUACUGCUGGUGAUGUACUACACCCUCGCAACUCUAAUCCGCCUUUGGCUUCAAGAGCCCAUUCAGAUACCUGACGAAGAAGAGAAAUCUGAUAGCAGAGAGGAUGACAAAGAAAUACCCUGCAGUCCAAUUCCAAUGACAGCAGAGAGAAGGCGCAGUCUGUGGUAUGCAAGCCACUAUACAACUGAUGAGAGAAAACUUCUGUCAAUGACCCAAGAUGAAUACAAGCCAUCGGAUGUUCUGCUGGUAACAGUGAAUGGGAACCCUUCUGACUAUCACACCAUCCACCCCACACUGCCAUUAGAAAAUGGUCCAGCCAAACCAGACCUGUACUCAACACCACAGUACAAAUGGGAGCCUUCGGAUGACAUGUCAGAAAAGGAAGAGGAGGAAGGAGAGGAAGAGGAAGAAGAAGUUACUCAGGAGGAAAAAGAAAAUGUUAAAUUGAAUGCCCUGGUUUCUGUGUUCCAAUUUAUCAUGAAACAAAGUUACAUUUGUGCUCUGAUAGCUAUGAUGGCAUGGAGUAUCACAUAUCACAGCUGGUUGACUUUUGUGCUAUUGAUCUGGUCUUGUACACUGUGGAUGAUUCGUGACCGAAGGAAAUAUGCCAUGAUCACUUCGCCGUUCAUGGUUUUCUAUGGAAAUCUACUGCUAACAUUGCAGUACAUAUGGAGUAUUGAGCUCAAGAAUGAUGAACUUCCUCAAGUAUCGGGUUUUUUAGAAAGAAAGGAACCUGGGGAGUUGGCAUCAAAGAUCCUUUUCACGAUUACUUUCUGGCUACUGCUUAGGCAACACCUCACUGAACAGAAAGCACUUCAGCUGAAAGAAGCUACUUUAUCUGAGGUCAAAGUUGGAAGUGAAGAAGAUGAAGAAAAAGAUGAGGAGUUGCAAGAGGGAGAAGUGGCAGAAGAAGAAGAGGAGGAGGAAGAGGAGGAAGUUGAUGAUGAGGAUGAACAGGAUAUUAUGAAAGUUCUGGGGAAGCUCGUGAUGGCUAUGUUCAUCAAGUACUGGAUUUACGUCUGUGGGGGCAUGUUCUUCUUUGUCAGCUUUGAGGGUAGAAUUGUCAUGUACAAAAUCAUCUAUAUGGUACUGUUCCUGUUCUGUGUGGCCCUCUACCAGGUGCACUAUGAAUGGUGGAGAAGGAUUUUAAAGUACUUUUGGAUGUCAGUGGUUGUUUACACAAUGUUGGUACUUAUCUUCAUCUACACAUACCAGUUUGAGUCUUUCCCUGGGUUGUGGAAGAACAUGACAGGCCUGGAUGAAAGCAAACUAGAAGACCUUGGUUUAAAAAGGUUUUCUGUGGCUGAGCUAUUCACACGCAUCUUUAUCCCCACCUCCUUCCUGCUGGCAUGUAUCUUACACCUUCACUAUUUCCAUGACCAUUUCCUCCAGCUCACUGAUUUAAAAGCUGUAACUAGCAAACAGGACAACACUAUUUACAGCCAUGCCAAAGUCAAUGGCCGUGUUUAUCUAAUAAUAAAUAGCCUCAAGAACAAAUUACCAAACCACCAAAAUGAACUGGUGCACCAAGAUGGAAGCCUGCCUGACAUAACUAUGAUGAAUUUAACAGCCAGCAGUGAAAAGGAAGAGGAUAAAAUGCUGAAAGAGGCUGGUGAGAAAAGAAUGGAAGAGCCAGAUGGGGAGGGAGGGAAAGGGAGGGCAGAAAAAGGAAAAGAAGAAGAGAAGGAUGACGACAAGGAAGAUGAUGAUGAUGAAGACAGUGAGUCAGAGGAAGAAGAAACUACAGACUUAAGGAACAAGUGGCAUCUGGUGAUUGAUCGCCUUACAGUGCUGUUUUUGAAAUUCCUGGAGUAUUUUCAUAAGAUGCAAGUCUUUGUGUGGUGGCUUUUGGAGCUGCACAUCAUCAAAAUUGUCUCCUCUUAUAUCAUCUGGGUCACAGUGAAAGAGGUGUCUCUGUUUAACUUUGUGUUUUUAAUUGCCUGGGCUCUUGCUUUGCCAUAUGCUCAGUUUCGCCCACUGGCAUCAAGUAUCUGCACUGUUUGGACAUGUGUGAUUAUUGUCUGCAAAAUGUUGUACCAGCUCACAUCUAUUGAUCCCAGCACUUUUUCCAGUAACUGUACAUUGCCUGGAGAGAACGAAACCAAGGUUGAUAUCGAAGAACUCAAAACCUCAAUCCUCUACAGUGGUCCAGUUGAUCCUGCAGAGUGGGUUGGAUUGAGGAAGUCUUAUCCCCUGCUUGUGUACUUAAGGAAUAAUUUACUGAUGCUGGCUAUUCUGGCUUUUGAAGUUACAAUUUACCGUCAUCAAGAGUACUACAGAUGUCGAAAUAACCUCACUGUACCUGUGACUAAAACCAUUUUCCAUGAUAUUACAAGAGCACAUCUGGAUGAUGGACUGGUAAACUGUGUCAAGUAUUUCAUAAACUACUUCUUCUACAAGUUUGGUUUGGAGACCUGUUUUCUUCUAUCAGUUAAUGUAAUUGGUCAACGAAUGGAUUUUUAUGCAAUGAUUCAUGCCUUCUGGUUGAUUGCUGUAUUGUAUCGACGUAGAAGAAAAGCCAUUGCAGAGAUCUGGCCAAAGUAUUGCUGUUUUCUGGCAUGCAUCAUUACAUUCCAGUACUUCGUUUGUAUUGGCAUUCCACCUGCUCCUUGUAAAGACUAUCCAUGGAGAAGUGGUAAUGCCAACUUCAACUCAAACAUCAUAAAGUGGUUAUACUUUCCAGACUUCAUUGUGAGACCAAACCCUGUCUUCCUUGUCUAUGAUUUCAUGUUGCUGCUGUGUGCAUCCUUGCAAAGGCAAACGUUUGAGGAUGAAAAUAAAGCUGCUGUACGAAUCAUGGCUGGAGACAAUGUGGAAAUUUGUAUGAAUCUUGAGGCAGCAUCUUUCAGUCAGCAUAAUCCUGUUCCUGACUUCAUUCACUGCCGGUCCUACUUAGAUAUGUAUAAGGUGAUAAUAUUUAGUUACCUCUUCUGGUUUGUGCUUACUAUAAUCUUCAUAACGGGAACCACAAGGAUCAGCAUAUUCUGUAUGGGCUACUUGGUAGCCUGCUUUUAUUUCCUUCUCUUUGGUGGAGAUCUGCUGCUGAAACCCAUCAGGAGUAUUCUGCGUUACUGGGACUGGCUGAUUGCAUACAAUGUUUUUGUGAUCACCAUGAAGAAUAUCCUCUCAAUAGGAGCAUGUGGCUACAUUGAGUCAUUAGUUAAGAAUAGUUGCUGGUUGAUUCAGGCAUUUAGCCUGGCUUGUACAGUUAAAGGCUACCGUAUCCCAACCAGCAAUGUAGAUUGUAAACUGCCUAGUGGAGAAGCAGGAAUCAUCUGGGACAGUAUAUGUUUUGCUUUCCUGCUGCUGCAAAGAAGAGUCUUCAUGAGUUACUACUUCCUUCACGUGGUUGCAGAUAUAAAAGCUUCUCAGAUCCUAGCAUCAAGGGGUGCUGAGCUUUUCCAGGCUACGAUUGUCAAGGCUGUAAAGGCAAGAAUUGAAGAGGAAAAAAAAUCAAUGGAUCAACUGAAAAGACAAAUGGAUCGUAUCAAGGCCAGGCAGCAGAAAUACAAAAAGGGUAAAGAGAGGAUGCUAAGCAUGACACAGGAGUCUUCAGAGGGGCCUGAGAUUCGGAAGGUUUCUGAAGAAGAUGAUGAAGGAGAAGCAGACAAAGAGAAAGCCAAGGGCAAAAAAAAGCUGUGGUGGCGGCCUUGGGUUGAUCAUGCUUCCAUGGUCAGAAGUGGAAAUUAUUAUUUGUUUGAGACGGAUAGCGAAGAGGAAGAGGAAGAGGAGAAAAAAGAAGAGGAAGAGCCUCGAAAGAAGUCUGCAUUUCAGAGAGCUAUUGGAAAAUUUGCUUCAGCCAUUUUAGCCUUGCCAAAGUCUGUUAUUAAACUACCCAAAACUAUUCUUCAAUAUUUAAUCAAAGCAGCAAAGUUUGUUUAUCAGGCCUGGAUCACUGAUCCUAAAACUGCAUUACGACAGAGGCGCAAAGAAAAGAAAAGUUUUCAGAAAGAGGAGAAGCAAAGACGAAAAGGAUCUGGGGAUGGUGGUACUGAUGCAGACUAUGAAGACAGUGAAGAGGAACAGGUCAAGAAGAAAUCUGAUGGACCAGAUAACAUCAUAAAGAGGAUAUUUAAUAUUUUGAAGUUCACUUGGGUCCUUUUCCUGGCAACACUAGACAGUUUUACAGCUUGGCUUAAUUCCAUCUCAAGAGAACACAUCGAUAUCUCUACUGUGCUGAGAAUCGAGCGUUGUAUGCUCACCAGGGAGAUUAAGAAGGGAAAUGUUCCUACCCGGGAGAGCAUCCAUAUGUAUUACCAGAACCAUAUGAUGAAACUUUCCAGGGAGUCAGGACUGGACUCAAUUGAUAAAAAUCCCGGUCAAGCUUCUGGUUUGCAAGCUUCUGAAAGAAUGGAUAGUUUAGAUUCAGCAGCUUCUCGUGACAGUAUCUCCAGCUGCUACACUGAAGCAACCAUGCUGUUCUCAAGGCAGUCAACCCUUGAUGAUUUAGAUGGACCAGACACUGUUCCUAAAACAAGUGAGCGCGCUCGACCUAGGCUUCGUAAAAUGCAGAGCAUGGAUAUGUCCUCCUCAUCAGCUGACAGUGGCAGUAUAGUGUCAAGUGAACCUACACAGGUCACCAUGCUCUAUUCUCGUCAGGGGACAACAGAAACCAUUGAGGAGGUAGAAGGGGAGCACGAAGAGGAAGGAGCUCAUUCUGCUUCAAGGCAGGAUGAAGAGGAUGUGGAAGAUUAUAGCUUGGGUUCUGAAGGAGCUGCGCUUACUCCUGAUACUGAUGUGCCAUUGUACUCCACCGUGGAUAGCAAUGCAGAAGCUCCACCUUCCUAUAGCAAAGCUGUCAGCUUUGAACACCUUCCUUUUGGCUCCCCUGAUGACUCAGCUGGUAAGAGUCUCAUGAUGGUGAGCCCAGAUGACAGUCGGACGGACAGACUUAAUGAUACGAUUCUCCCUCCAUUGACGCAUGAGCUAACAGCUAGUGAGCUGCUUCUGAACAAGAUGUUUCAGGAUGAAGAGCUAGAGGAAUCAGAGAAAUUCUACGUUGGUCAGCCUCGAGUCUUGCUACUUAUUUAUGCCCUGUACAAUACAUUGGUGGCCCGGUCAGAAAUGGUGUGCUAUUUUGUGAUCAUUCUUAACCACAUGAUCUCUGCCUCCAUGAUAACCCUGGUGCUUCCAAUCCUUAUAUUCCUUUGGGCCAUGCUGUCUGUUCCUCGGCCAAGCAAACGUUUCUGGAUGACAGCCAUUGUCUACACUGAGGUAGCCAUCGUUAUCAAGUACUUCUUCCAGUUUGGCUUCUUUCCUUGGAAUAAAUAUGUGGAUUACACAAAAGAUAAACCUUACCAUCCACCCAAUAUCAUUGGCAUCGAGAAGAAAGAAGGCUAUGUGCACUAUGAUCUUGUUCAGCUCCUUGCUUUAUUCUUCCACAGAUCCAUUUUAAAGUGCCAUGGAUUGUGGGAUGAAGAUGAGAAAGGGGACAGCUCCAGUAAUAAAGAAGAUACUGAUGAUGAGCUCUCUCUGACAGGAGGCAGGAGAGACUCUUCAGGCUCUAUGAAGUCUGUCAAUCUUGCAGCAUCAGUGGAGUCCAUCCAUGUCCACUUCCCCGAGCAGCAGACUGCAAUCAGGAGGAAGAGCUCUAGCAGUGCAUCACAGCUUUCUCACAGAUCCAGCUUCUCCUCACACAGAUCUAAGAGAGGAAGUACCAGUACAAGAAACAGCAGUCAGAAAGGAAGCAGUGUGUUAAGCAUCAAGCAAAAAUCUAAGAAAGAGCUUCUUAUGGAAAAGUUUCGAGAACAAAUGAUCAAAGCCAAGGCCUUCACAAUUAAAAAGACUCUCCAGGUGUAUGUGCCAAUCAGACAGUUUUUCUACAAUCUUAUUCAUCCAGACUACAGUGCUGUGACUGAUGUGUAUGUGCUGAUGUUCCUCGCAGAUACAGUGGACUUCAUCAUCAUUGUGUUUGGAUUUUGGGCUUUUGGGAAACACUCUGCAGCAGCAGACAUCACCUCUUCAUUAUCAGAGGACCAGGUCCCGGAGGCAUUUUUGGUGAUGGUGCUCAUUCAGUUUGGUACCAUGGUGGUAGACCGAGCACUGUACCUCAAAAAGACUGUCAUGGGAAAGGUCAUCUUCCAGGUCAUCCUUGUUUUCGGAAUACAUUUCUGGAUGUUCUUUAUCUUACCUGGAGUGACAGAAAGGAAAUUUAGCCAGAACACUGUUGCCCAGCUCUGGUAUUUUGUGAAAUGUGUUUAUUUUGGCUUAUCAGCCUAUCAGAUACGCUGUGGAUAUCCAACUCGUGUUCUAGGCAACUUCCUCACUAAAAGUUAUAACUAUGUGAACCUGUUCUUAUUUCAAGGAUUCCGCCUGGUUCCAUUUUUGACUGAGCUGAGAGCAGUAAUGGACUGGGUUUGGACUGAUACCACUCUCAGUCUUUCCAGCUGGAUCUGUGUUGAAGAUAUCUAUGCUCAUAUAUUCAUCCUGAAGUGCUGGCGAGAAUCUGAAAAAAGAUAUCCCCAGCCAAGAGGCCAGAAGAAAAAGAAGGUUGUGAAGUAUGGAAUGGGUGGCAUGAUUAUCGUCUUGCUGAUUUGUAUUGUCUGGUUCCCACUGCUCUUCAUGUCUUUAAUCAAAUCUGUUGCAGGCAUCACGAACAAGCCUCUAGAUGUAUCAAUCACAAUAACUCUAGGAGGUUAUCAGCCUAUUUUUACAAUGAGUGCUCAACAGAAUCAGCUCAAGAAUUUGAAUCAGACUGAUUUCAAUGCGUUUCUGGGAAGCUAUAGGGGUAACACUGCUGCUUUGCAGUUUCUAGAGGGCUAUGGAAAAGAAGAUAUAACUCUUGCAGAUCUAGAAGGCAAUUCAAACUCCUUAUGGACCAUCAGCCCUCCCAGCAGAGAGAAAAUGAUACAGGGAUUGCUGGAUUUUUCAGCUGAGUUCACUGUAGUUCUUUCGUGGAGCAUUCAAAGAAAUCUUACUCUUGGUGCCAAAGCAGAAAUAGCAUCAGAUAAACUUACCUUUGGCCUACCAGAGAAAACCAGAAGAGAUAUUGCUACAAUGAUGUCUGGAAAGCAAUUGGAAAAGGUAACAUUAGAGACAGUGUAUCCAUACUACAUCAAGGCUCCUAGUGAUUCUCUGGCAAAACCCAUAAAGCAGCUAUUGACAGACUGCAGGUGGGAAAACAUUACAGUUUCCCUGGUCAAAAAUGUGUCUGAUGAGGGAGUUCGUGAGUGGUGGGUUUUGAAUCAGCUUGGGAAAAGAUACAAAACAUCUGAAGAGAGUCUUGAACUCUUCAUAUUCAGUGAUAAAGUCAGUCCACCAAGCCUUGGAUUCUUGGCUGGCUAUGGCAUCAUGGGACUAUACGCAUCAGUUGUCCUGGUGAUAGGAAAGUUCGUCCGUGAAUUUUUCAGUGGGAUCUCUCACUCUAUCAUGUUUGAGGAGCUACCCAAUGUAGACCGAAUCUUGAAGCUGUGUACUGACAUUUUCUUAGUACGAGAGACUGGAGAACUGGAACUAGAAGAAGACCUAUAUGCCAAACUAAUAUUCCUGUAUCGCUCACCAGAGACAAUGAUCAAGUGGACUAGGGAAAAAACUAAUUGAUCUCUUUGGUGUCACACUGCGAAUCAAGUUGAUUUCAUCUGAAUUUUAAAGAAAAAAGCACAAUAUUCUCUUAAGAGCUAAGCCUUUUAUAGUUAGGUAGCAAUGAUUUUUCACUGAAGGAGUCCUGGAAGCUACGGCCUUAGGAAUCCAUGCUGCCUUUCAAAUUAAGGAUCGACAGUGAAGAAAGUUGGAUGAUUUGCUGUUUUUAAUGUGCCACUCCUCUACAAUCUGGGGACUGCUUUGUAAUUUAAUCAGCAAAAAGUUUGCAUCUGUGUCUGGCUAAUUUAAUUUUCCAGACAAUAAUUAUUACCCUCAAAGAGAAAAGAAAGGAGUGAACCCACAGAUGACUCCAGUGUAACUUCCUAACCUUUUCUGGAGCCAUAUAGAUUGGAUUGUGCAAUAUGCUGUUGUACAUCACUGACUUUCAAGCUACAGUAAUGGGACACUGACUAGCCUUCAGGACACUCAAGACCCAGGGCCCCAGUGGGAACUGAAGACAUUCUAGCCAUACCCAUUUGUAGAAAAGCAGAGGUUUUGAUGUACAAAGGACACUGUGGACAAACCUCUGUUAGCAAAAAGAAUACAAGUAACAAUCUCUUUAAAUGCCUUAUUUUAUUUGUACAGUCACAGAAAAUAUUUCCACCAAACAUCAAUGACUUUUCUCAGGAAAAAAAAAAAAAAAAAAAGUAACUGAGACUUGACACUUCGUCAAGGGUAACUAAUGGCUAGAAUAAUUAUGGUGAAAUAUUGGGAUGUUCUGCUGGGCCAUUUUCUUCAAAGUUACUGCUUUCCAUUAGAUGAGAAAAGAAAGUGAAUUCAAUGGCCUAAGGAGCUACUUCAUUUCUUAUAACCCUUUAAAGACUGAAUAGUGUGUGCUUCUCUCUGCUUCCCAUGACAUGCUUUUUCCCAUUUCAAUGAUUUAAGGCAACCAUUGUUUUGCUGUUAGCCAAUAUUCUUCUUCCAGUGUUUCAGGUAUACAAAAAUGUUUACAUAUUUCAAGUCACAUUUUUACAUCCGAGACGGGUUUUUUUUAAGUUCCCAAAUGUAGACAUACAUAUGAGCUUGGAAAAUGGCCUUUUUUUCUUAAAUUACUAUUAUUAGUGACACAAUGGCUCAUUAAAGAUCAUUGUAGCAUGAAAAUUUACAUUUGCAAUGUAGGUUUCAUUCCAUGUUAAAAAAAAAUAUUGAGAAAAAAAGAUCAUUGAGUGGGUAGGGUAUGUUAAAAGGGUAUACUGUGUAGUUUUGAUUCAGUAAUGACUUAAAAUAAAGCACAUGUUGCAAAGUCAUUUUAGAAGUAUUUUUUCCUCUGCCUUUUUACAUGAAAUGGGAAAAGUUUGACAUUCUUCUAACUCUGUGACAAAUAAAUCUCUUUCUUGUAGUUAGCUGCUAUUUAUUAUAUGAAUAAUUAGUUAAUCACCGGAAGGAAAAUAAUACAACAUAAUUUGCUGGCACAUUUUACUGCAGAACUUCAUAAAACAGCACAACUGAAUGAAGUCGCAAAAUACUCUGCUCAGUGCUUCCAUGACAAGUGCUGUCACAUCCAUUCUAUACUGUGAAAACCAACAUUUUGAGCACCAUGAAGUGCACAAAAUAAAAGUCGCUUCAUCGUAUUGUAACAAUAAAAUCAUUUGGUGACUGGAACUCACUGGAAGACAACCUGAUUUCCUCUAAGUGUAAUGGAAAGGUGGCUCCUCAUACAACCAGGCAGCAUUCCCUGGUGGAGGGUUUUGCCUCAUUUCUUCCAUACAACCUGUGAAUGAAAAUCAAAAUAUACAAGGCAACCCUGACACAGGAUCCAACAGGGAUGCUAAAAUGUCCUUUGUGGUUAGAUGGAUCCUUAUCUGUGUUCAGUAACUUUAAGGAGGCAACACUGGAAGGAGAAGAGUGAAGGGUGUAAUGUGGUUCUGAAAGUACCAGCAGCAGAACCAUGCUGGCCAUAGUCGGCCUUGGCUCACUUUUUGGCUCCCUCUCUUUAACAGGCACUUACUUUCUGGUGAGAAAACUCUGUCUGCAUUAUGAGCUGUACAGUUAUUUGAGCUUUGCAGAAAUGUGCUGCUCUUUCUUUCAUGGAUUGAUCAAACUUUGAAAAUAAAAGAGUUCUUCUGUUGU